AUGCACCAGCAACGUACACAAGAUCAGGAUCUUUUAACAACUAGUGUUUGGAGAACAUUACCUACAGAAAUUAAAGUACAAUUAUUUCGUCCAAAUCGAUAUGUACUUCUUGAUAGUCGUGUUCAUUCAAUCACUGUUAAAAAUGUUACUUCUAAUCAAACCAGCAAAAAAAGUAAUAACAAUACCACAAAUGUAUUACAUCCUUUCAUAUAUUCUGAAAUUCCAAUGGAAAUCAAUCACUUGUACGCUGAUCAUGAUAAUACUCAGGAUAAAAAGUUUGGCGACGACGGCCUGACAGAAACAGGAACAACAACUGAGACUACCUCUUUACCUUCUCCACUCACUUCUCUAACAUCGAAUUCACUGUCAACGACAAAAGAUUUUGACAGUAUAUUCAACUUAAGCCAGUUCAGUGAUUAUGAGAAAACUUUCUCAUUGAAGUGUUUACAGUCGGCAGCGAAACCACCACAUGUGAUUUUAUUCAACGAUGGCUUAUUUAUUCGUUUAACGUCACAAUUCUCCUUCCGUUUUUGGCCAAUUGAAUUGAUUUGGAUUGAAAUGGAUGAAAAACUAAGUGAUUCUGAAUUUGAGCUUCGAACACCAGAAGGCGUCUAUAAGCUUGUAUCCUCACUAUGGCAUGCUGUUCUGUUGAAAACUAUCAAAUCGGUAUGCUCAAAUCGUGGUGAUUUAUUCGUUAGUCGAAAUGGGAUUAUAUCUCCUCAAGAUAAUACAGUAGAAUGUAAUUCUAUUCGUGAACGUCGCUGUUGCCUAUAUCAUUUAUUUCGAUCUGGCCCACUUGAAAGCUUCGCCUAUUAUGGUUCUUGGCUGAAUGGUAGACUGGAUGGAAGUGGUAAAAUGUGUUGGCCAGCAAAAAAUCUGCACUCCUUACACUCCUGUAAACAAUCAACAACACACUCGACUGAAACAAGUUCUUUAAUCUAUCAUCCACAGAAUAAUUACAAUGAUGAUAAUGAUUACUCGUCGGGACAACUACCGGAUUCAGUACGUUUAUUUCUCUCAUUAAUUGGUCCUUUGGAUAUUGGUGUAAAGAAUAUUGAGAAUGAAGUGAUAUCUAUAUUUUGUACAGGAGAAUUUCAAUCGAAUCAGCUUAAUGGAUUAGGUGAAUUGUGUAUUCAAACAGUUCAAGGUUCUAUCAAUGUUCGAGCUGAAUGGAAAAAUGGUCGACCACAUGGUAUAGGCUCUUUAAGAUGUAUAAAUGGUGAUAUUUAUACUGGUUGGUUUGUAAACGGUACUCGAGAGGGUCAUGGUUGUCAAGAGACUUUCCCACCUACUAACAAUAAUCAUAAUAAUCAACAAAGUGAAGCGAAAUGUGCAAAACGACAUGGGAAACCAAAUGAUUGGAGUACAGUUUAUCUUGGCAAUUGGCUUGCUGAUAAACAGGAAGGUUUCGGUAUACAGAAGGAUAUUACAACUAGUGAUGUGUACGCUGGUCAAUGGAUGAAAGGUGCUAUGUAUGGACGUGGAAUUAUGUACCAGUCGUCUGGAGUUUGCGUAGCUGGAGAAUUUCAGGCCAACGGAAUUAAUGGACAAGGUUUAUGUAUUACUCCUGAAGGGAAUAUUUAUACUGGUAUGCUUUCUAAAAAUCAUCCGAAGGGUAAGGCUAUCCUAAAGAUUUUGUCAUCUAAUCUCUUGUUGGUCGGAAAUUUCUCAGGUGCAUUGGCCAGUUCUCCGUCUAAAGACAACACUUUAUACUUUAAAGGCAGUAUAGUACCUGUUGACGGGAAAAUGAAUAAAUACAAGCGAAUAACCUCUGGUAGUUAUCAUCAUCGUUUACGCGUUCCAUUUCUAGUGCAAGAACGUGAAAAAAGCGGAGCCUGGAAGCAGUGUGAACGAAUUGAAACUGUGAUAAAUGAAAUAUCUAAUCAAGGCUUUGAAUCAUUGGUCAAUUCAACUCAUUGCAAUCAGUCAGUUGAUACAAAAACAUUAUCAAAUCAUGAUUAUAUUGAAUUGGCCAUAUUAAUCUCCUCCUAUACAGUUCCAUUUCAUUUGCGUUGGGAUAGUUUAUUCCGUAAUUGUGUCAUUAACACUAUGCUCUUAUUAAAUUCUACUUCAUCGUCAUGUUUGACAGACUAUGUGAACAGUUUGACAUCUCGUAUAUCCCUGGACAAUGCAUCUAAUGCAUCAUCGAAUGACGUAAUUAGUCCACAAAGCAAUAAAUAUCAUCAGCAUAUUGAACUAAUCAAUGAGUUAGCCAACUGGUGCUUGCCUACUAGUCUUGGAGGAUUAGCAGUAAACUCAAUUGAUGAAUUAUUGUGUAAUAUGCUGAAUGAACUACACUCAGAUGAAAUGCUGCAUACACUACAGCAGCCUGUAUUGAAAAUCCCUACAUCUUCACCUUUAUGGCUUAAAUACUUACGAUUAAUCAGUUCACUAUUGGCUGAUUGUUUUCAUAUAACUUGUACAAUAAACAGUAUAAAACAGUUAUCGUGUCAUCAUCAUCAUCAAUCAACUGAGGUGGAUCAAUUAUUCAAUUCCCCCUGUCCAAACUACUCAAUAAUACAUACACAACUUGUAUUAGCUCUUAGUGAAUAUGCUCAUCUUGUCGCUAGAUUAGCGCAUACUUUUGCUCAAGCUAUACAGCAGAAACUCAAUUCUUUAGCAUUUAUACCAGUGCAUCAAAUUGAUAAUGUCAAUCAUUUAUUUCAAGUUUGUGAAACAAAUGUUAGCUGUGAUUUAUUCACCCUCCCCAAUUUACUACAACACAUCGACAUGGCGAGUAAAGAUGACAAUGUUGAUGCUCGUGAUGGCCAAUUCUCAGUUUCAGACAUUGAUGACUGUUGUCAGUGUAAUGAAAAUGAUCGUAAAGAGAAGGAAGAAAUUGUAGCAGACGAAGAAGUAGAAGAAGGAAGAGGAGAGGAAAGUGUUUCUAUCAAAGGUAAAUGGCAAUCUCUUUGCAGUUUACCUGAAGUUCAACUCAGCGGAUCAAUCAGUUUAUUUGAAUUGGCUUGUGAUUGUCUCCUACCGAAUAUCUAUCCAACUUUAUUUGGAUUAUUUAAAGCACAAUACGCUAUGUUGGAUAAAUCCUAUUGGGUAUACCGUCAAGCUUUACAUUGUAAAUCUGACUUUGUGCUAUAUUCCUACCUUGAAUUAGACAAGAACUUAUGGUUGUGGCAUACUCCUUCAGUUUCUAACAAAUCGACGACACCAUUAUCCGAAGAAUUUUCCGCCUUUCAUCCAGCUGUAGAUAUUCUUCGUAGGAUUUGUGAUAAAACUACUGCAACUGAAAAGCUUCUAAUUAUUUAUCAGACAUUUGCUACUGUGGAUCAGAUUAUCAGUAAAAGUAAGCCUUGCCGGAAUCGUGUUCCAAUAUCGCUGGAUGAGGUGGGGAAUUGUAGAAAUCCAUCAAUAUGCUCAGUGGAUACUUUGUCUCACUUGCCUGGACUUGAUCAAUUAUUACCGAUUAUUCAAUUUGUUGUCAUCCGGGCUGGUGUUAUGUACCUGGGCGCUGAACUAGCGUAUAUUGAACAACUGGCACCGGAACGCUUAUCGCUUACUGGUGGUCUCUUACCCUAUCUAAUGACUACACUGCAAGCGUGUUAUGAUCAAAUUCUUCGAGAAGUGUUUAACAAUUUCAUAUUUGUCCUCUGCAAGGAGAAGAGUCUACAACGCUAA